CCGUGCUGGUACUAAGAACGCAAGGAUUUGCGGUGUCUGUCGUCUAAAGCCUUUCACCAGACUGCGGAUUCAGCGAGAAGAGCACUAAGGAGAUUGGAGUCUAGACCAUGAAGGAGUUUUAGAACCUCGGACAGGCUGGUGUUAUGGCCCUUCAGCCGGUGUCUCUUCAUCUCUUCAAACCAAGAUUAAGUUAAGUGAAGAGAACUCUGGCAAAAAAGAAAUCACUUCUCUUCUCUCCCACUGAUCUCCUCUGAGACAGGAACCUACUAGCAAGUGUCUCGCCUGCCUUCACUGUAACCCCGAGCCUACAGAGACAGGUGGGCAAAAGCGCGCCCACCUACACGCUGAGCGGUGGAGACCCAGAGCAAGGGGCAGGCUUUCCUAAGAGGAGAACUCACUCGCUUACCCGUCGGCUGCUCGGCAGGUGACGCUCAGAUCCUGUGGCUGCUCAUCGAGCUGACGUCGGACAGAAGGAGAAAAAACUGUCUCAGACUGGUCCAUCGAGGGGGCAUGAGUGGGAAUGCUGCAGGAGGAACAAGUGACCUGUCUGGCCGAGAAUCCAGCAUCCUGAGCGCUUCCUCUUGACAUCACCCUCCAGACUUCUACUGCCUCGAGGGAAAGGGUGCUUAGGAUUUUGCUCUCAGCCACCUAAAACUUUUGCCUACCCAAGAGAAGACUUUUGCUGCAGAACUGAACAAGAUACCAUUCCAUUGCACUUUUUUUAUCCUUUCAUCAUCCUGGCUACGGUGACUUGUUCAGCUUGGGGAAUUUGAAGCUGUGUUCUUUCCUGCCAGUUUUGUGAACACUUUUCAAAAUGAUCGACUUAAGCUUCCUGACGGAGGAGGAGCAGGAGGCCAUCAUGAAGGUUCUGCAGCGAGACGCCGCCCUGAAGAGGGCUGAAGAGGAGAGAGUCAGACAUUUGCCUGAAAAAGUUAAGGAUGACCAGCAACUGAAGAAUAUGAGUGGCCAGUGGUUUUAUGAAGCCAAGGCAAAAAGACACAGAGACAGAAUCCAUGGUGCAGAUAUCAUCAGAGCAUCCAUGAGGAAGAAGAGGCCCCAGGUGGCAGAUGAGCAGAGUAAGGACAGAGCAAACAGGGCAAUGGAAAGCUGGGUGAAUAACGUCCACAAGGAUGCUUUCCUCCCCCCAGAGCUAACCGGUGUUGUAGAAGAGCCAGAAGAAGAUGUAGCCCCAGCAAGCCCCAGUUCCAGCGUGGUAAAUCCAGCGUCCACCAUGAUUGAUGCAUCCCAGGAAAACACAAGAAAGUCAGCUAUAUCUCCAGCCAAGCAAAGGAAGAAUCCGUUUAAUAGCGCCUUGUUGCCAGAAGAUCAGUUAUCUCAACAAACCAAAAAUGAGCAGUCAAAAAAUGGAAAGACUGGUUUCUUUCAGACUUCAAAAGAGGGGGAGUUGUCAGAGUCCAAAGAAGUGUCAUCUGUCCUGGUUAUGAAAAGCCAAAAGUUAGAGAAACCGAAGCAGACUCUUUCAGGUCCUGAGAAUGGGUCCCCAAUCAAGGCUCCAGUCCCCAAAGUCAGGAAAAUGCUCUACAAGUCCCAGGACUUAAAGCAAGAUGAUAACCAGCCUUUUCCUAGACAAAGGACAGACUCCUUGAACGCAAGAGGGGCUCCCAGGGGGAUCCUGAAACGCAAUUCCAGUUCCAGUAGCACAGACUCAGAAACUGUGCGUUUUCAUCAGAACUUUGAACCCAAAAGCAAAAUCGUGUCCCCGGGCCUAACCAUCCAUGAGAGAAUUUCUGAGAAGGAGCAUUCUUUGGAAGAUGACGACGCCUCAAACUCGCUGGAGCCGUUAAAGCAUGUGAGAUUCUCUGCCUUGAAGGAUGAAGUGCCACAGAGUCCAGGGCUGGUCCACGGCCGGGAAGUGGGAGAAUUUAGUGUUUUAGAGUCCAAUAGGUUGAAGAGUGGAACAGAAGGUGCGGGGCUCAAAGAUGAGGUUGGGAAUGACCCUUGGCCUUCCCAGUACACAAACGGUUUGCCUUUUCAGUCAUCAGCCUCAAGCCCAAGUCCAUCAAAAAAUGAAACAAGCCAGCCAACGACUUCUGGUUCCUUUCCAAUUAAUGAGCACUCUUCUCCCAAAGAAGUGUUAACUACAAGACCACUGUCCGCUGAGAAUUCACACACCAUCAAUGAACACAAAACUAGCUCAUCAGAAUUGUCCAAAAACCCUGCUGAUGGACUGUCUCGCACUGAGCCCAGCUCACCUGAGGUGCCAGACUGCAGUUCUAGAGACCAUCAGCAAGGUAAGCCCCCUCUACACCAGGCCCUAAAAGCAAAGACGUCCUCACGUUCUGGUCCAUAUGCCACUGAGAUAAGGAAGACAACUGAUGAUUCCAUAUCUAAAGUCCUAGACUGGUUUAACCGAAGCUCUCAUUCAGAUGACAGUGUGGCAUCUCUCCAAUAUCCCCAAGAAGUAGAGCCCAAAGAAAAAACAGACUCCAAGCCACAGAUUGCUGUUGCCUUGGUGACAGAUGACACCAGUCAAGAAGGAAAUGGUUUGAAGGCUCUACUACCCACCAAAGUUGAAUUGACACCUGUGGGACCUGAUUCAACAUUCCAGGUGGAAGAACAUAUGCUGCCCUCUGGAUAUUGCCAAGAUAACAGUGUGCACAUCAAACCCAGGUCUAUUCAUUUGUCCCCACAAGGGAAGGAAAGUCUGGGCAUGUUGCAACCAUUUGAAAUUUACGGUCCAAAUCAAGAGAGUAAAACUAAAGACUAUAGCCAUGGUUCAAAAAACACAGAGAAAGCAGUUGGGGUCCUUAUUCCAGCCAAUAACUAUUCCUACAGUGUUCACAAAGGAUCUCAUGCAGAAGACCAAGUUCUAAGCAAUGUUAAGGAUGCUAGCAGCUUAGGUGAAGAAGAACCCAAGCUUCGUGUUGAUAAAAAAAAUACAAGGAAGUCAGAAGUAAAUUUUGACUCUUCCACAUUUAUCCAAGAGCCAAGUUUCAAAGCCCACGUAAAGGCAGAAAGCGAGAGCAAAGGAAGAGAUACUUCCAUCCUAAAAUCUUCUAUAGACCCAGAGAAUAUUGAGUCACUUCCUGGGGCUGCCAACAGUAAAUCUCCUUGGAAGAAACCUGAGAUCCAGUUAGCAGAAGCUGGUGAGGUUCCCCAGAACCGAGUACAAAGAGAGAAAUACAAAAGAGUGAGUGAGAGAAUAUCCUUUUGGGAAAGUACAAAAGCUGCCAUUCAUAAAGAACCCACAUCUCCAUUUAGUCAGGAACGACCUUCUGCUAAAGCAUGUCAGCCUGUGACAUCCAUGGACAGUUUACCUAUGGACCGUGGUAAAUGUAAUACUCAAGUCACUGCCACACAUGUAAUCCUAGACAACGAUGGCCAAGCAGCCCAUGUCUCUGGUUUUUAUUCCUCAAUGAAACCUAAAGAGACCAGGCCCCAAAUAUCAGGUCCAUCCAAAAAUGAUCCUUCAGCUGACCAGUCAGGCACAGUGUCUCUCUUUCAGAAUAGGACAACUGAGCCUCUAAAAAGAUUACCAGUGACAGACAGUUUGCAUUCUGAAAAGGGCAUUACUUUCCCACCACUGCAACAUGCUUCAAAUGUCGGGAGUGAAAUGCAUACCUCUUUGGAGAAAGACAGAUCUCUGAAUCCCAACUUUAAAGUUAUGUCCUUACAAGAAAGAAUGAAUGAACCCAAUACAGAACAAGUCUAUGAUCACUCUCAAUUUGAGAAUUUGAGAAGGUUUUGGGACUUAGGCACCAAUGCAAACCAUCAAGAUAAUAUUGAGAAGAAUAUCACCACAACAAGCCAAAAAAACUCUGUGCUUUUUAAUAGUCAGAAACACAAAGAAUUCAGUGACGUGACAUCAUCAGGAAACAGUACCCAUGAGAGAGAGAUGAUUCUAAGCCAGAAAGAAAUUCCGGCAAGAGAGGAAAUAGAGAAGUUAAAUUCAAAGGGCACACUCCAGGUGUUGCCAGAUGACACCACAUUUCCAUGGAGACCACCCAGAAAGUCCACUCAUCAGUUGCCAAGAUAUGAGUCAUCAAAGGAAAACAUGGGGAAAAAUACCGAAUGCUUUGUUACCCCGGUGUUCAAAAAAGAGAACGAUAACUCUGACCAAGAGCUUGAAGAGAUUCAAGAAUCCAUAGUGAAAACAGGUGUUUCAUCUAAAGACUACAAAGACACGCUUAAUGACAGCUUACAGAAGCUGCUUUCCGAAGCCUCAUCACCAGUCCUCCAGCCUUCUGGUGGAAAAGUUCAUGAAAAACAAGUGUUUGAACCAGAUGUUUCUGACAUGAGGACAUGGCCUCAGGAGACAGAUUUUGCUGAUCCUGAGGAAGAAGCCAAAAGGCCUAAGGAUAUCAGUAAUGAGCAUAUAGACAAAACAGUAGCUCCUCCAAAGGCCUAUUUGAACACUUUGACUGCUAGUCUGGACAAAUUCCUGAAGGAAGCAACUGGAAGCCCACCCUCUCCCCCACAAACCAAAUGUGGACCCACCACUGUUGGGAUCAACUCAGAGUCUGAAGAGAGUAGCGUUGAUGAAAACAGGAUAGAGCAGAGUCAGAACACGUCAGCUGAUGAGAGAGAAGAAAUCGCUUCCUUUCCAGAGGGGACAGAAAAUUGGGGAAACAGCACUCUCUCCCAGGAAGCUCCAAGUGGUUCAGAAGAAGAACCCAGUCCUGUUUUGAAAAUUUUGGAAAGGAGUGCUGCUAGGAAAAUGCCUUCCAAAAGUCUGGAAGAUAUUUCAUCAGAUUCAUCAAAUCAAGCCAAAGUAGAUAAUCUGCCAGAAGAAUUAGUACGUAGUGCUGAAGAUGAUCAAAAAGCAGAUCAGGAACCAGACACAAAUGAAUGCAUUCCAGGAAUUCCCACAGUGUCUUCACAGCCUGAUAAUCAGUUUUCCCACCCUGACAAACUCAGAAGGAUGAGCAAGUCUGUUCCAGCAUUUCUCCAAGAUGAGAGUGAUGACAGAGAGACAGAUACAGCAUCAGAAGGCAGUUACCAGCUCAGCAGACACAAGAAGAGCCCAAGCUCUUUAACCAAUCUUAGCAGCUCCUCUGGCAUGACGUCCUUGUCUUCUGUCAGCGGCAGUGUGAUGAGUGUUUAUAGUGGAGACUUUGGCAAUCUGGAAGUGAAAGGAAAUAUCCAAUUUGCCAUCGACUACGUGGACUCACUAAAGGAGUUGCAUGUCUUUGUGGCCCAGUGUAAAGACUUAGCAGCAGCAGAUAUUAAGAAACAGCGUUCGGACCCGUAUGUAAAGACUUACCUAUUACCAGACAAAGGCAAAAUGGGCAAGAAGAAAACACUUGUAGUGAAGAAAACUUUGAAUCCUGUGUAUAACGAGAUACUGCGGUAUAAAAUCGACAAGCAAAUCUUAAAGACACAAAAGCUGAACCUGUCUGUCUGGCAUCGAGAUACAUUUAAGCGCAAUAGUUUUCUAGGGGAAGUGGAACUUGAUUUGGAAACUUGGAACUGGGACAACAAACAGAAUAAACAAUUGAAGUGGUACCCUCUAAAGCGGAAGACAGCACCAGUUCCCCUUGAAGCAGAAAACAGAGGUGAGAUGAAGUUGGCUCUCCAGUAUGUCCCGGAGCCAAUGCCUGGUAAAAAACUUCCUACAGCUGGAGAAGUGCACAUCUGGGUGAAGGAAUGCCUCGAUCUGCCACUGCUAAGGGGCAGCCAUCUAAAUUCUUUUGUUAAAUGUACCAUCCUUCCAGAUACAAGUAGGAAGAGUCGCCAGAAGACGAGAGCUGUGGGGAAAACCACCAACCCUGUCUUCAACCACACCAUGGUCUAUGAUGGGUUCAGGCCUGAGGAUCUGACAGAAGCCUGUGUAGAGCUGACUGUCUGGGACCAUUACAAAUUAACCAACCAGUUUUUGGGAGGUCUUCGGAUUGGCUUUGGAACAGGUAAAAGCUAUGGUACUGAAGUGGAUUGGAUGGACUCUACUUCAGAGGAAGUGGCUCUCUGGGAAAAGAUGGUGAAGUCUCCCAACACUUGGAUCGAAGCAAUCCUGCCUCUCCGAAUGCUGUUGAUUGCCAAGAUUUCCAAGUGAAGCCAAAGUCCACGGGCUCCUCCACUGAAAACCACCAGACAGGUGGAGUCUGAUCUUGUAGGCAGAGAGCCUCACCUUCCAUCUGUUACCUGGAACAAAUGCUACAUAGCAUGUUAAAGUCAACCUGCACAUACUUCUUUGGUUACAAAGACUAAAAAACUUAAAUAAUAACAAAAUGUGUAACUUAAUUUGUGACUGCAACGUUAAAAGAAGAUGUUUGAGAAAGCUAAGAAAAUCAAAGAUUUGCUGCUGCAUCAAAGAAAAAGCUGCCAAAAAAUAUUAAAUGUUGUUAAUAAGCAAAAGUUUCCAGUUUGCCAUCAUGUGUUUCAAACCAGAAAAGGGUUAGGAAGGCCUCCCACUUGAUCAUUGAAAACCCUUGCAGGAAUUGAAAAAAAUGUUGGUUGUAGAAGAGUGACUCAAAGAUAUUCCUAUGAGCAGGGGGGAAAAAAAAUUAGAAUAUUGUGAAUAAAGAAUUUGUUCAUAAGAAAACUAUUCACUCUGUAGUCACUACUGAAAUAUGGAAUUCCUUGUUAGGGCAAAGAGACUGAAUUUACUGCAUGUAUUUUUGCUUUGAGAAGUGUUCCCUUUUCCCAAUGUUAAAAUCUUAUGUGCUUUGGUGCCACCCACUGGCCAUAGGUGAAAUUAAGUUUUUGGCUUAAUUUUCUCCUAAGUUUCAAGCCUGUAUUUUAUAAUAGGGUACCCAUAUAUAAAACAAAGAACAAAAACUUUGCAUAUAUAAGAUUCUGUUUUUCUUACAACUCUACUAUAUGAAGCAGCAUGAGAGUGGUCACAAACAUGAUUUGCGACAAAGUUUUAAUUAGAAUGUAAAUUGUUAAAUUAUACUGUCCUUCCUAUGUAUGUAUAAUUUUCAUAAAGUAUUUUGUAAAAACCCUUAGAAUAAAUUAUUAUAUGAUUUAAUGGUAUUGUCAAAG